AUGUUCCUUUUCACUCACCUCCCCUUUGAAAUCCAGCACCGAGUACUUUUCUUCCUCUAUUCACAUCGUGAUGUUGCCGCUCUUUCUGUCCAAUGUCGCUCCCUACACGUUCUCUGCAAUAUGCCCCUACGCAAAAGAUACCGGCGUAUACGCAUCACUAGCAGCCGUAAGAGUUUCAACCGCGCAUUCAAUAUGCUGUUGGACAUUCUGACAAAACCUGGUCUCGGAGAACAUGUGCGUCAUAUCGAAUACACCAAAGAGUGCUGCGCGAAUGAACCCAAUCCCGAACAACCACGUCGAGAGCUGAGCGGAGAAGAAAUGCAACUGCUGCGUGCUGCAACACGCAGAGCCGGAUUUGUCGAUGCUGAGGGUCUCCGCGUGAUUGAUUUACUUCUGCAGUUGGUAAAUCUAGAUGUUCAUAAAUAUGCUACACGCGGGCUGGCCCCUGAGGAAGUCGGGUUUCCGCUCUACCAGUUGCUAUACCGGAACAACACGUCUCCACAGGAAUCUCUGUUCCUCCAGCAUCUGCGCAGCGUCUAUAUGAUAAAUAUCAACAAGGAUUAUCUGGAUGAUGGUAGGUGUUACUCCUUCAUGGACUUCACUGGAGCUCUCGCAAUGUUUCAUCGUCUUCCCUCGAUCAAUUCAGUCAGCGUAGAUCUCUUACUAGAGAUGCCAUAUGCGACGCCAGUGGCAGAAAUCGCCGAGUCUAAUGUUAGCAGAAUCGCUAUCCACCAUUCGUCAAUAACCAGCAUGUAUUUGGCGUCGCUAAUAUGCUCCUGUAAGGCCUUACGGGAGUUCGAGUACUCAAUUGGCGGCAGGUCAAGGACCCCCCCAGCCGUUUCGUUUUUCAAUGUAAAGACAUUUAUAAAGGCAAUCCUAAUGCAUAAAGAGACACUGGAGAUCUUAGAUGUGGACGUGGAGGAAGACAUGGGCUACCUAUUCAAGGUUGAUUCAUCAACACGAGACCGCUGCUUAGACGUGCAAUACGGCCAGCGUGAGGCCGAAGUUGGUCGCUCCGGACCCCCACCUGUUGCGAUGUGGGAUCAAAGCGGAUCUCUACGAGAUUUUCAUGCCCUAAAACGCUUGAGCCUUGGGGUUCAUUUCUUGAUGUAUUUUGCCCGCGGUGUCAAACCCACGCACGACGGGAGUUUCAGCCUUGUCGACUGCCUGCCGGAGAGUCUUGAAUCUCUGUGUAUUCGAGGCUAUGAAAGAGGCAAGAGCGAGGAGAAUGACAGCCAGGUUGAUGCGCUGGUGGCAUUGCAAAAGCGUGCCACAUCCAAGCUGAAAACCAUCAUUGGGAUAGAAGCAUUGAUACCAAAUUCAAAGCAUGUAGAUUACCCGGAUAAUGGCAGGCACUUACUAUGGAUAAUGCAAGAGAGGGAGUGGUCUGACGAAGACUAG